AUGGCAAACUUCAAGAAACUUGACGAUGUCUCACCUAACAAAGAUGAUUCGAGUGUUUUGGUUAGAGUUUCUAAGAUGUGGGAUACGUUGGAGGCAGAUCAGGGGGAAGGCCUAAGUUUUCUUUUUGUUGACAAUCAGGGCACAAAGAUGCAAGCAUUCGUUGAACAAGCAAAUCAGAUGAAUAGGUUUAAGAGAUGUCUUCAUGAAGGGGAAUGCAAGAUUCUAACCGGAUUUUCAGUUAUUAUGGUGGAUACAGAGUUCCGAUUGACAGAAGCAAGAAAGAAGAUUGCUCUAACGUCCAACACCGAAGUCACACCUGCAGCGGAUUUCGAUGUUUUUGUUCACCUAGACAUUCUGCCUUAUGAAUAUGUCUUAGACUACAGUUCUAAUGUUCAAUCUUCUUUUACCAGAGAUUUUCUAGGGUUUAUAUAUGAAGUGAAGAUCACCAAGCUCACGGAAGAUGACUCUAUUCCUAGGAACACACUAAACGAUGCUCCAAAAAUCACUAACUCGAUAGAUUUCACCCUCCAGGAUAACGAUGGGGUUCGAAUACUUUGCCGUGCAAAGGGCGGCCUUAGAGCUAAAUUUUUACGAUUUUGGCUCUACUAUGGUAAAACGGAGACCAUAGUAUGUCUCUUAACUGAUUGGCGGAUUCUUGGGAUAGACGAUCCUGUUCAUGUCGGAAGUGAAGAAGGAAUCUCUACAUUUGAAUUCAAUCCUAUUGGAAUCGAUGAGGUUGAUUACUUCACGGAUAAAUGUGCUCUUCUGAUCAAGACAGCGAGGAAGUGGAAGAACAAGAAAUGGAAUUCGAUUACUUUAACGGUUGUAAAAGCGACAAUAAAAAGUGAUCUGCAUAGUGGACUGUCUACGAAAAUUUCCGAAGAUGUUUCAGUUUAA